AUGGCUAAAUGGGGUGAAGGUGAUCCACGGUGGAUAGUCGAAGAUCGCCCUGACGGUGUAAAUGUUAAUAAUUGGCACUGGACGGAAAAAAAUGCUACGCCAUGGUCUAAACAACGGCUUGGUGAACUGUUAGUUAACCAGAAGGUGGAAGGUGGGCCGCUAGUUGUGACUUUUACGAAGAUGAAAAAGAUUGAAGGAGAAGCUACUGCAAAUAAUCGAAAAGCGAAAUUAAUUUUUCUUUUUGAAUGGAUUAUUGAUCUUGAGUUUGAAGUGAAAAUUGCUGGCUCAGAAGUUACCUAUGAAGGGUACGUUGAAAUUCCGAACCUUAGCGACGAAAAUGAUGCUAGUGAAGUUGAGGUUGAGAUACAUUUGGAAAAAUCUGGCGUUAAGGAGGAGGAAGUGCGUCAGUUUUUGAAAACAGAAGCUACCCAGUUUAUUAGGAAACAAGUCGAAAUAUAUUUACGGGAACUUAAGGAAGAAUUUAGCAAAGGACUUAUUUUACCGACUGAUAAAACUAAACCGCAAGAAAUAAAGAAAAACAAAACCGUCGUUGGUGUUACCAUAAACAAAAAGUCCUUCCAAGACUAUAUUUUAACGCCGGGUGACUCGAAGUCUGAUAAUUCCGUUCAAACGUCAGUUGGCAGUGUAGAGUCCUUUGAUAUUACGGAAAAUUUCAAGGUCCAACCCGAUCGUUUAUGGGAUGUCUUCACGAACCCCGAAUUCAUUAAAAAAUGGACUAAUUCUGCAGUUCAAAGUGAUCUUAGGACAGGUGGACAGUUUUCACUUUUCAACGGGAUGGUAACUGGAAGAUUUCUGCGUCUGGAGUUGAAUAAAGAAAUAGAAACCGCUUGGCGCUUGAAAAAAUAUCCACCUGGUCACUUUGCCAACGUUCGUUUCGUUUUUAGAGAUGAGAAGGAUAGUACUGACCUGACAGUUUACGCCAGUAACGUCCCGUCGUCUUUGAAGGAAGAUACCGAGAAUGGUUUAAGGCACUUUUACUUAGAAAGCAUUUGCCGUACUUUUGGGUUUGGAGCAAGAAUAUUCUAA